AUGAAACGCCAUUUAUUCCGUUGGAGCCGCACUACUUCAUCAGCAGUUAAAGGCUCGCUUUGCGGAUCACCAAUCUCAACUUGUUUCUCCAAAUUGUUUUCAGAUAAAUUAGUUUUUGGUGGUGCUGGGCCCGCAUACGUGAAGAACAAUAAUUCUACCAAUCCAACAUGUUCCCAAUCCACUGUAUUUGAUGAUAACAAUACAUCACGUUCCUUCCACAUGUUGGCACGGUUGUUGAAGGAUCAGAGCAGUGGUGUUUCGGUCAGUCCACCACAACAACCAACUGUUAACGAUUCUUCCAAUCAACUAUCCGUGGUGCUUGCGUUUAACAAUUACGAGGAAUGGACAGCACAACAAGUUGCUUCUCUGCUUUGUAUGAAGAAAUUUGAUGGCGGAGCAUCACUGACCGUUGAAGAUGUGAAGCCUUUAUAUGAUGCCAGUUUCAAAGGGACCUCUCUUGCUAAUAUUGUUGAAGAUAUCAAGAGAGACAAUUACAAUUAUGCUCUUGAAAAACUUCAAAGCAGAUUCAAAGACAAUACUGGCAUGAUUAAUCCUCGUCUUUCUGAUGCUUGUGAAACUGUUGUGAAUUGGGUCAACAAUACAUUAAUGUCCAAGCUUUUUGGUUUGUGGGACAAGAACCAAGUACAAUCUGCACUACAAGGCGGUGCUGGUUUAACCAUGGAUCAAGUUGAACCAUUGUACAAGAAAGGAUUUGAUGGCUCAUCUCUAUCAAAGAUUGUAUAUGAAUUGUGUAAAAGUGAACAAGAUGGGAGUGCAUUAACUGAUGCCGAUUUAGUGAAAAAAGUUCUCGGAAUGGAAAUUGACUCAUCUACUGGCAAACAUUUAGUGGAUUGGGUAAAAUCUGUCUUGAUAGCACAAGAUAAGAUACAGGUACCAUUAUUGACAACCACUUUGAAACUGCAAUCAAAACAAAAGAAGAUACAACAAUUUAUUCAACAAUUUACAACAUCACCACCAAAAGCUAUCUCUAACAUUGAAUCUAUUUCGAAUAUUUUACUCAGCAGUUUUGGAACAAAUUUUACGUUUGUGGAUAGAGAACAAAGUACCAAGAUUAUUGUUGACAAUUAUAAGCAAUAUUCGUCACUAAUUGAUCAAAAAGGGUUAGAUUUGGACAAAAAGAACAUUAUAAUUCCAUUCAUUGCAGCAGCUCCAGGUGUAGGUAAAUCAAGGCUACUGAAAGAGAUUGGAUUCAAUUUAUAUCGUAAACAUUUUAGAGAACAGGUUACUUGUUAUCCUUUAUUCGUUUCUUUUGGAAAUGGUACUGCCAUCACUGCAACAGAAAAAGAUAGACAAUUAGACAUUACUCAAUCAUUUAUUAUUAGAAUUGUAUUUUCAUUCAUAUGUCACAUCAAUGGAAAAAAAGAGAAUUUCUUAGGUAUUGUAAGCAAUUGGGUUGCUACUUUUGAAAAUCAAAUACUAGAUCUGAAUGAGGUAUUGGGUGCUAUUACCAGUUUGUUGGAGAAGGAUAAUAUUGAUUUCUUUGUUGCGAUUGAUGAGGCUCAUCAAAUAGAUACUAAUCAUACUGAAAAACAACACAACCCCUUGCGUGCAUUUAUGUCAUAUUUGGGCAGUUUAUUACAAAACCCACAACCCGACUAUUGGAGAUUAUUUCCGUUAUUAGCCGGCACAUAUCACAACGUUUUACAUAGAAACCUGCUUGGUAGUACUUACACUCCACUUUUUGUUCCAGUUAAUGCAUUGCUGUCUUCUCUGAACGUUGCUACGGUUAUUGAUGAUUUAUCGAACACUCAUCCUAAACUGAGGAAUUGGAGGACCGAUGUUGAGUUUAGACAUUACUUGCGACUCUUUUCUGGAUUUCCAAGAGGUUUAGAAUAUUAUCUUGAGCAAUAUGUAACUCAAACAGAACCUACAGCACGGACUGCCUAUGAAACUUCAGCAUCUAAUCUGAGACAAAAAUACUCAUUCACCAUGAAUAACAAUAUUGCUCAAAAUUUGGUGGCCUAUAUUUUAACUCGACAAACGGUACUCAAAAAGGACAAUAUUAUCCGCUCUAUUAAUUUCACUUUCUCUGACGCUGAAAAUUUGGGCUUUAUCAUGUUAGACCUCGCCCAUAAUUCGUCAAAUUUUACCUGUACCUAUCCUCCAGUAUUGAUGUACUCGAUGAUUGAUCAGCAAUUACGACCGAUUUUUGAAAAGUUAUUUUUAUCUACUGAAAGAAAAGUGUGUGGAUUUUCUUGGGAAGACCAUGUCCAUGAUUAUCUUUAUUUAUUUUUUAAUUUGCUUUCAAAUAGAUCAAACUUAUCAUUGAACGAGCUGUUUCCAUUUGCUAACAUGUCAGAGAAAACUGCUAAACUCACAUUGAAACAAAUACAAAACUGUAAACAAUGCACCGCUAAACAUCAAAUUCAAGGUACCUUGAAUGAGAAAAUUGAUACCACUAAUGGUCUGUUGGAUUUAACAAAGGUUACAGAUUGUACAAUCAUCAAAAACGCAGCCUCUGCUCAAGCUGGGGAUGUGUUAAUAAUUGGUUUAAAAUUACAAGACUCACCUAACGAUAUUCUAGUUUUUCAUAUUCAAUGCAAAUGGGCUGACUCUAAAAAAUCUAGUGAAACAUUUGAAAACAUUUCUAUUGAAAUAGAAAUGAAUAAGAAAUUGUACUUUAAUACGAAAUCAAAGACUACAAAUAUUACGGUCAUAAUGAGUGGAAAACCUAUUACAGACCUUCCUAAGAACAUUCCAGACAAUGUAAUUAUCGUUGACAAGACUAACUUUGCAAAAUAUUUUGGUAUUUUUGCAGAUAGCAUGAAGUUCUUUUGUAGCAAACAAAUUCUUCACAUUAAUGAGGUGAAUGCGUCAGAGUUACAAAGUUUUCCUAGACUAGAUGAACAAAUGGCAAAAUAUGUGAUGAAAUCACGACCAUCCACAGGUUUUAAAAACAAGAAAGAUAUGCAGAGAAUAAUACGAACUGAGAUUUCAAAUAGAGGAAUUGCAACAAAAUUGAUCAACAUUCUUAACGAAACUGAAAUAAUUUUCUAG